AUGACACGACAUGCAAGAAAUUGUACUGCCGGUGCUGUUUAUACAUAUCACGAAAAACGAAAAGACGCUGCAUCAUCUGGUUACGGAACCAACACGCAAAGAGUUGGUAAAGAUUCUGUGAAGAAUUUUGACUGUUGCUCUCUCACAUUGCAACCUUGCAGAAAUCCUGUCAUAACGAAGGAUGGCUACUUGUUUGACAAGGAGGCGAUAUUGGAGUACUAUCUAACCAAAAAAAAGGAAUAUGUCAGAAAACUGAAGGAAUAUGAGAAACAGAAACAGCAAGAAGAAGAGCAAUCUCAUGAAAAAACUGCCAAUGAAGAACUGCAGAAGUUACAGAACUUUCUAAAGGCAGAGAAGAAUAUUGUUUCAAGGAGCAAAAAUAAAGCAGAUGAAUUAGCUUCCUCUGUUUCUAAUAUGUGUAAUGGGAAGGAUAAAAUGCUACCCAGCUUUUGGAUCCCUUCUAAAACACCAGAAGCAAAGGAUAUAAUCUUACAUAAGCCUGAUAAGACAAUUUAUUGCCCUAUAAGUGGAAGGCCUUUAAGAAUAAAAGAUCUUAUACCAGUGAAAUUUACAGAAGUGAAAGACCCAGAUGACAAAAAGAGUCUUAUUGUUAAAGAAGCACGGUAUAUGUGUCCCAUUACACAUGAUAUUUUGAGUAAUAGUGUGCCUUGUGCUGUGAUAAGGACAACUGGUGAUGUGGUGACAAUGGAAUGUGUAGAAAAAAUUAUAAAAAGAGACUGGAUUAAUCCUUUAGAUGGUAUUAAAUUGUCCACAGCAGAUAUUAUACUCCUUCAAAGGGGAGGUACUGGAUAUGCUGCAGUUAAUGAACAAUUAGAAGGUAAACACGAGAGGCCAGUAUUACAAGCGUGA